AUGUGGCAAGGCAGAGGCCAGAAGCGUUGUAUUAGGCGAAUAAUGCGGGAGGACGCAGGCGGCCUCGGGUGGAGGAUGAGUGUGCUCACAGGGCUGGUAGACUGGCUGUUAGCCAGCGCCAAACUAGGAAGAAAUGCAGGGGCAGACAAGCCCCUCCCAGACAAGCACUCCCUCAUGCACCUCCUCUCUCCAUUUCAUCCUCGCCGCAGGUACCCAAGCCGACCUGACUCCAGAGGCUUUGGGCGAGAGCCUCCAGACCAGGGGAAGGGGGCUGGGGUAGUAGUGGCUUCACGUGUGAAGUGCAGGGAAGGUCCAGACUCCUGUGCGAGUCACAUAUUUGCGCGUCGAUGCGCCCCUUCUCACUCCCCGCCCGCAUCCCGUACUUGUUCGGGAUCCUUAUCCCAGAAUGUCGUUCAGGGGCGUGUCCAUCUGCGCGUGCCCUUGGCCGCUUCGGUUCUAGACGAGCCAAUCCUUGCAGUCGUGGUUACGCCAUCGCCCUUCCGCUCGGCCAGAAAGGCCACCAUGGAGGCCGAGAUGCCGUCUUCGAGGCAUCCGCAGCAGCUGUUCUUCGAUAAUGUCAGCCCUGCCACGCGCUUGUUGGAGAAGCGGCGGCAAAUGUACGAAGUGCAGGACGCCCUGGAGACCCAUAAGGCCCGCUUCGCGAAGGAGGAAGAGCAGUUCAAGAAGAAGGAGGAACAGCUCAGGUCCAAGGACCUGCAAUUGCAGCACCAGCUCUUCCGCUUUAACAAGUUUUUGCAGGACAACGAGGCAAAGCGACGGCGGGCCGAGACCCGUGCCUCCGAGGAGGUCGCGCAGAUCAAGCUAAAGGAUGAAGAGAUUGACGAGUUAGAAAGGCAGCUAGAGGAGAGUCAGCUGGAGUGCAUGAGCCUGGAGCAGGAUGUGGACAAGAACACGAAGUACGAGGAAUUUCUGGAGCGAGUGAAGGAGACAGACGCCGACAAUUAUCAAAGAUAUCCAGGACCUGGUGACCCGAUAUGA